CGGGACGUAACCGGGCACCGCAGACAGCCUCUGCAGCCUCUGCCGCGGACUCCCGGAGCGUGCAUCCCGGCUGGCUGCUGCAUGCAGCCCCCGAGACUCAGGGGAUGUCGUCGCUGCUACAGAGGUUUUCGUGGACCUGGACGUGCUUGACAGCGUUAGUGCUCUCUGGGUUUUUUACGCAGAGAAAUCAGAUCAGUCACUGAGCAUUUUCCCCGUGGUACAACACCAGACACUGCUCUGCACGUCAGGUGUGAAAGAGAAGUCAUUAUAACGCAAUAACAUGGCCUCCAGUUCCUUGGGCAGGCGACUGGUGGCUUGUCUCCUCAACGUUUCCGAGGCUCGCAGGAAAGACCUGGUGGAGACUGUGGCCAAGGCAGCCUUAUACAACACUGAAGGUGUUAGAAGAGAGGGGACCACAGUGCUGAACAUCUUUAAUGAUUAUGACUACAACCGCUCUGUCAUCACCAUUGUGGCCAGCAUUGACUCUAUCAGGGAGGCGGUUCUGUCUGCAUGUGAGAAAGCCUGUGGACUGAUUGACAUGUGCACUCACAUGGGGGUCCACCCAUGUAUGGGUGCUGUUGACCUCAUACCCAUCUACCCCCUGGGGGAGGAGGUGCGAGCGGAGGACUGUGCUAAAGAGGCUCGGGCUGUGGCUCAGGGACUUACAGAGAGGGUCCAGGGAACCAGUGCCUUCCUGUUUGGCUGGGCAGACUCCCCCCUUCAGCGGGGGCUGGCAGAGAGGAGGAAGGAGAUGGGCUGGUUCAAAAAGGUGCCAGACUUGCAGGCGAUCAGACCCGACCUGGGCCCACAGCCACAGAAAGGAUUCGGCCUCACAGGUGUUGGAGCUAGUCCAUAUGUCAUGAACUGCAACGUCACUAUCGACACCCAGGACAUCGCCAUGGGACGCAGCAUCGCAACAGCCAUUAGAGAGUCAACCCCUGGGGGCCUACCAGGGGUGCAGGUGCUGGCUUUGCCGCAUGAGGGCUCUGUGGAAAUUGCCUGUAAUGUGGAAAGCGUGAAGGGGAGCCCACCUAGUCACAUGACCACAGGUGAACCCUGGCCAUUGUUUAGCAUCGACGGACAGCCAUACUGUCAUGUUCCAGCUUCCCUUAUCACAGCGAGGGUGGCGGAGCUGGCAGGGAGGCAGGGGGUUGGCACAAAGGGUACCGCGUUGGUGGGGUUCACUCCCUAUGAGUGCAGGGGUUUAGCAGAGCUAGCACUGUCUCAGGGGAUUGCUGAGUUCUGGAAAGAGCAGCGAAGGAUCCAUAUGUGAAAACCAGUUGUCGCCUAAACCAGUGAAACAGUCUUUGAUUGAUUGUCAAGGCGGCUGACCAUUUGUUAAACCCAGCACCACGCAGUUAAAACUGCUGCAUCUGUCACCUGUCUCUUUGUCACCGAGUGCUGCACAUGCAGUUUACCACUCGAAGUCCAUUGUUAUUUUUGAAUUAACAGGACUUGGAUUUUUCACAGAAGAAAGCAGCAGUUUCUCAGCUGUUGCUAGCUGAUUGUAUUAGCUGUAGUUAUCUAACAUUGGCUAAAUAACCAACUGUGAACUGGUUGAAAACUCUGCCUUCAGCAGACUUGAUGUGCACGAUGUACAAAAAUGUACAUGCACAAAGAAAUUAAAUCAUCACUAUUAAUCACUGUUAAAUCAUCAUGCAUCAAGGUUUUUUUUCUGCUUUUUUUCAUAAAUCUCUUAAACAACUUCAGACUGGUUCAAAACUACCAGUCAGUCAUUUUCAGGAUUUUAACCCUUUAAAGGCCAGAUUAAUUAUUUGAAAUGUUUCAUUAUUAAUUAGAAAAAAAAAACACACAGAAUGAAUUAUUUUCCAUAUAAUAAAUGGUAGGGAGAUGGGGCGUUGGUGGUGAUUGGAGUCUUGGAUAUGUCAAAGAUUAGCAACAAAAUUGAUUUGAUUGCAUUAGUAUUUUUUAUGUAGUGCCUUUUUACAUCCUCUAUAACACACCUGUUUUCUCAGUACUUUUCUAAUCUGACACUUGUGGUGAAAGAGAUUUUGGUUUUUAUUUCUGAAUUUCAUCUCUAUCCAACCAAGACCAAAACCAUAAAUCCCAGCACUCUGUCCUCCGGAGGGGAUUUUGAACUCUUUUAACAUGUUUGUGUCAUUUCCUGUUUUGGGCAAAUUGGACACUUGUGUUUACUGAUGAGUCUCUGCUGAUGAGUCUUUUCCCAUCGUUUUCCAUCAUCAGCCUUACCAUGCAUGACUAUGUGGGAGAGCGACCAUAUGUGUGUGAAACAGCUAUUUUUAUCUCAAGCCACGGACAGAAUCUUGUAGAAACAUCCAGCACUUUGGCAGCGUUUCCAUUAACAUGUCACAGUGAAACUUGCCAACUUGUACCACCCAGUUUGGCCAUUUAUAUUUUUUAUGGCUGUUUACCUCCAAAAUAGAUGAAACUAAUAUUUUCUUGUCAAUUCUAUACAGAGUAUAAGGACAUGAUGCACUGGAUUAACCAUUUAAUAACAUGGAGGCAAAUUUGGCCAGAGGACAGGUCAGGAAUUAACUGGGGCGAGAUGAUUCCACUCCUUUCUUACAUAAGGCCAGUAUAAUGCAUUAAAUAGCAGCACAUCCAUGGAGUAAGGAGGUUCAGAUUUGAGUCAUUAAGUAAUAAUGACUUGGACUAUACUGAUGUAGCAUAAAGGCAGGGUCAGAGCUCUAAAAGCCUUAAAGUGCAUCAUGAGAUAAUGUUUAAUUUUAUGCCAUAUUUAAAGGAAAUUAGUGAUUCCACUGCUAAAUCUGCAUACAGGGUGAGUGCUAAUCUGUUAAGCUUUACACACAUACGCCUAGUAUGAAUCACAAAAUCUUCCAGUGAGAUUGUUAUGCUUUAGUAUACUGUCCUUUCAUUAUGUUGUGUAAUUUUUCAUUUUUCUGCAUUUGAAGUUACGUAAGUUUUCCCUUUGAGGCAGAAGCAGUGUAAUUUUCGUCAGUGUGUGUGCACUUCUUUGGGUAAGCUCUAUUACUGAGUGAACAUUCACCUCUUUGUGUGCCAUCCAGCUGAGGCUCUUAGUCACACAAGCAACGCAGCAAGCUUCAGUGCAGCUUCAUUUCAUGCGUACAUACAUGACUCCCUUUGUCACACACACACACACACACACACCCUUUCUCUGUCCUCUCUGCUGUCUUCCUCUCUCUUCUGUAUCUAGACACACAUGCACACACAUUUACUCUAUGGAUGGCGCACACACACGCACACACACAUAUACACAUACACUCAGCCUGCCAGGCUUGGGAGCAUCAAGGCCCAAUCUAGGUCACAGCAUAAGCCCAGAGGUAUCCUGCUCUCCACACACACACUUUGUAUACAUGCACGUUUUUAUAUUUGCAAGCAAGAUCGCAUUCUAGCAUAAAAAACUCAACUAAUUUUCUCUCAUCUAACAGUGAAAAGAUUUUCAUUUUGACAGCAGACACCCCCCUCCCCCCACCUUCCCAAAAAAAGACUAUAAAUAAAUCCAGUGAAGUUAAUAUUUUCCAAAAAUCCCCUCCUCAUUUUCAUCUGCUUCCUCUCCCAAAUAACUUCAUUGGUUAUGUGACUCAGUCUAAUAGCUCUUAUGAUUGUCACAAGGCCAUCAUUUCCUUGAUUAAGUGCACUUUGGGAUCCCUCUGCAGCACAUCACUGAAUUAACAUCCAUUUAAGAGGCACUUUCCCACUGCAGACUAACCCUGGUCUAUUUUUUUGUGUAUGUAAUCUGCUUGAAAUAAAGACAUAUAUGUCCCUCCGUGCUGCUGCUGCUGCUGCUGCAGUUCAUGUGCAUCCUUGCAGCAGAAGCACCAUAGGAUCCCUUUGAUAUGACUUAGCCUGACAGCGUAUCAUCCGAGAUGCGACCGUGUGUCACAGCACAGAAAUAGAGAAGCUUAUUUCUUUACAUCAGUCU